AUGUGUGCUGCUGCCAUGGCGACCGCGGCCACUCCCCUCACGUUUCUUCUGCUGCUGCUUCGACUCGCUGACGGCUCAUUCCCAGAGGAGCCCAGUCCCCUCAGCUUCGUCCCUGUAGAGGUGGUGAGAAGAUAUCCAGUGUUCCUGGGCAGAGCUCAUCGUUCCGCUCAGCGACAGGAGCUGCACAUCCAGACGAUCCUCCAAGUCAACCGCACGCUCUACAUAGGAGCCAGAGAUGACUUAUACAGAGUGGAGCUGGAUAACAUGGCAGGUGAUGAGAUGUUCUACAGCAAGAAACGGACGUGGGAAUCCAGUAAGAACGACAUUCGAGUGUGCCGGAUGAAGGGCAAACAUGAGGGAGAGUGCCGUAAUUUCAUCAAGGUUCUGCUCAGCCAGCACGGUGGCCUGUUCGUGUGUGGAACAAAUGCCUUCAACCCACUGUGUGCCAAUUACACUAGAGACACCCUAGAGAUGGUGGGAGAGCCUGUCAGCGGGAUGGCACGGUGCCCGUAUGAUCCUCGACACGCCAAUGUGGCUUUAUUCGCAGACGGAAGUCUCUUUACCGGCACCGUGACAGACUUCCUCGCCAUCGAUGCGGUGAUCUAUCGGAGCCUCGGCGACAGCCCCGCCCUCCGCACGAUCAAACACGAUUCCAAGUGGUUCAGAGAGCCUUACUUUGUGAGCGCUAUGGAGUGGGGGCCUCAUAUUUAUUUCUUCUUCAGAGAGAUGGCGAUGGAGUUUCAUCAUCUAGAGAAGGUGAUGGUGUCCCGAGUGGCCCGUGUGUGUAAGUCAGACCUGGGCGGCUCUCAGCGUGUCCUUGAGAAACAGUGGACCACAUUUCUAAAGGCACGGCUCAACUGCUCCGUCCCGGGAGACUCACACUUCUACUUCAACCUCUUACACGCCACGAGCAACAUCAUCCACAUGGGGGGACGGGACGUCGUCCUCGGCCUCUUCUCCACGCCGCCAAACAGCAUCCCCGGCUCUGCGGUGUGUGUGUUUGACAUGCAGCAGCUCUCUCAUGCCUUUGAGGGACGAUUUAAAGAGCAGAAAUCCCCAGAGUCUAUUUGGACUCCUGUCUCAGACGACCUGGUGCCUAAACCGAGACCAGGGGGAUGUGCAGUGCAGGGAUCCAGAUUUAGCUCCUCUACCACGCUGCCAGACGAGGUGCUCAACUUUGUGAAGACCCACCCACUGAUGGAUGAGACCGUUCCGCUAGUAGGACAUAGACCCUGGGUGGUCAAGACUAUGGGACGGUACCAGCUGACGGCCAUGGUGGUGGACACAGAAGCUGGUCCCCAUAAAAAUCGCACAGUUUUGUUCCUGGGCUCAACCAGAGGGACCAUACUCAAGUUCCUAAUGGUUCCCAGUGGAGACUCUGUGUCCCAUAGCAGUGUGUUCCUGGAGGAAGUGGAGGGAUUCAACCCAGAGAAGUGUGGCGAGGACUCUCCUCAGGCCCGUCAGCUCUUGUCUCUGUCGCUGGACCAGGCCAGCCACAGUCUGCUGCUGGCCUUCUCCUCCUGUCUGGUCCGAGUUCCCACGUCUCGCUGCCACCUGCACUCUCGCUGCAUGAAGAGCUGUCUGGCCUCCAGGGAUCCUUACUGUGGCUGGACCAGAGGCAGCACCUGCUCCUUCUUGAGACCAGGCACAAGGCUGCCGUUUCAACAGGACGUAGAGUAUGGAAACACCACCUCCCAUCUAGGAGACUGUGACGGAAUUCUGCAGCAGAGUUUGCUGAUUGAGCCGGAGAGUCUGGUGUCCCUCAACCUGCUAGUGGCGUCCGCAGUCUCUGCGUUUACCAUCGGGGCGGCGCUCUCUGGCCUCGCCGUGUGCUGGAUCAUGGCCCACAAGCCUGCCAACCGUCGCCAUGGCAACGCUUCCCAGUCCUCCAUCCAGCGACGAGAGAGAGGCCUGCUCAGUAACGGCGGCGGCGGAAUGGGAGGCUCCGUGCUGAGCGUGACGCGGCAGGGAGGUGGGGAGCGCCCCUGCCCUCAGGGCGGGGAGACCCUGUUCGUCAUGCCCAACGGCUGGGUGAAGUCAGGGGAGCUGGACCCCGGGUUCCUGCCCACCCCGGAGCACACCCCCCAGCAGAAACGCAGAGGCCUGCGGCUGUCUGACUCCAACUCCGGAGGCUGGGACACCAGCCAGACGUACCUGGGGGGGGGCUCUGUGGGCCUGGGCUCACCCUGCCGCAUCCCCCCCUCUGUCUACCUGACCACCAGACUGUUUCAGCAAGGGGUUGUUGGGAGACAUGCGGGCGAUGGCCGAGUAAUAGACACACCCCGCCAGCACUAUGUCUGCCUGAGCAAGCAAGAAAAGGGAAUGAAGGGGACGCCCAAGGCUCCGCUCAGGAAGUCUGCGGGAGAAUACGUUUACCCCAUGACCCCCCAGGACUCGCCCGAGCGUCGGAGGGUGGUCUCAGCACCCAGUGCCCACAUGGAGUACAACGACCCGCUGCCUCUGCGCUGGCCGGCCCAGGAAGGAUACCUCCUCAGUAGCCACGGGAUGGUCCCUGUCCCCAUGCCUCCGCCCUCCAUGCCGGCGUCCAGUGUUCAGGCGUACGUGUCCCAGCAUCACACCCCCGCUCUGACCAGGGCCCUGCUGAGAGGGGCCCUGGAGCGAGGGGAGCUGGGCGAGCUGGUGGACCUCAGCCACCUGAUGAGCAAGAAGAACUGCAGUGACAGGACUCAGACCGGCCAGUGA